AUGAACACUGCGUCGCGGAAAAUUGUCCUCCUGGCCGCCGCUCUGGUUCUGAUCGCGAUCGUCGGGUACGCGGCGGCGGACAUGGUGGACGUGGGCAUGUGCAUCAGGAACUGUGCCCAGUGCAAGAAGAUGUUGGGCGCCUACUUCGAAGGACCUCUGUGCGCGGACGCCUGUGUCAAGUUCAAGGGAAAGAUGAUACCGGACUGCGAGAACAUCGAUUCCGUGGCACCGUUCCUCAACAAACUCGAGUGA